AUGGCCCUCCCUCCCUCCCGCGCAAAGUCGUCCUACGACGACGAACUCAUCGACACCUAUGCACAACCCUACGAGCCCAGUAGGCGGCACAAGUCCAUCACUCUCAAUACCUCUGCAUCUCGCCAGUCUUUGACCACCACAGAGGCUGAACACCCGUCCGAUCUCAAGGGUGUACCAAUGGACUUCUCUCGAGCGGACAUCUACCCGCCACAGCCGUCACAAGCUCUGCCUCCGACAGGUCCUUGGUGGCGAACGGCACUGCCGGACUCCCUCUCUUGCAAGAUCUAUCUACUCACUGUUCUCAUCGAGACGGCCGUCGAUCUAACAAUAGAGGGCGACCUUCUCAUUCGUAUACAUGAAGCGAACGAGGACGAUAGCCAGUCUGGGUUAUCCACAACAUCCCGGAAGAUGCCAAUAUAUCUCACCAUAUUCUCGCUGGCCCAUGUAUGGCAAUUCAUACUGGCCGUCGAUGCCGUCUACGCCCGAAACACGCUUCAAUUCAUCGCCCUAGCAAUCUUCAACGCCCUCUUCCUCGUCUACGCCAUCAUUCAGUCUUCCGAAGUCCAAGCAUCACUGCAAGACGUUCCGAGCUCGAGUGGACUAUCACACAUUCCCGUCACCGUGCUUCUCACCGCUCUCCCUAUCGUCAUCGCCGUCGCCGAACUCAUCUACAUCGGUCUCGGCUACAAGAUUUACAGAGAAUUCGGAUGGAAAGUCUACAAGUUCCUUGGCGCUGACCGGCAGAUCAAGCGCAUGUUCGCACACUACCAGAUCUUCCAGUGCUUCGUCAAGUUCGACCUGUUCUUCUGGAUAGGAUUCUGCGUGCAGUUCAUCGGCCUCGUCCUGAACAAACAAGAUUGGGAAUACUAUGUUACCAUCAUUGCCCUUCCAUUGUCCGUCGUGCUUGUCGUCGAGGGCUACCUCGCCGCAAGAUACGAGAACAAAUGGAUGAUGAUCUCGUUUCUGACGGGUUGCGGAGGAGGGUUGAUAUAUUUCACGUAUAAGUUCGUGAAGGUAUUGGUCUUGAAGAACGAGGCACAGUUCAUUGACAUCUAUCAGUCAUUGACAAUCUUUUCUGUGAUCUCCAUUCUGCUCCUCAUAAUCACUGUCGCCUACGCCGUCAUAGUAUGGCGCAAUUUUGGCCGUGGGUUGAAACAGCAGAUUUCGAAGAAUGGAGGCUCCGGCGGGCGGGCCAAACACAGCGCAUAUCCGUCUGUCAGCGCGCGUGUGAAUCGCAUGAGCUUCGAGUAA